AUGGAAGCCGUCGCCUCCGCCAGUGAAUGUCAAAACGAGCCCACCGAAUGUAAACGGAAGAUGCUGAACCCCAUUGAGGAGCAAGAGUUUGGCGAGAUGGACUUCAGGUUUGAGAACGACGAUGCAAUCGUGGAGAAGGUGAGAUACGAGGAGGCAGUUAAGGCGGGGAAGAUUGUGGAAAUUGAGUCAGACGAGGAGGAGGAGGAGGCCGAGGACAAGAUGUCGAAUCUCGAUCGGAGAGGUGAUACGUCUAUGCGAGCAGCUGGAGCGCGUCUGUAUCAAAUACAACAACACAGAUGCGUCUCUCGAGCUCACUCGCCAGCUGAGAGGCUUCAAAGCUUCAGCUUCAGGAUCCACCUGCACCAGGCAGAGUCCGCGAAAGCUGUUCAAACGACGCCGAGCGGCUGGGUUCAACCGAAGUUAUGUCACGUGGUCACAUCUUGUCACAAAAAUCACGCCUUGUUCGUCUUGCAUAAUUCUACUAAUGCAUAG